AUGGACGAGUUUCUGGAUAACGUCGACCUGAAAGAGGUUCGACGGAAGAUUUACGUAUUUUGUCACUUGUUCAUUUUGGGAUGGACUAUUUGCCACGUCUGGGCCAGUUAUCAAGUCUUUGGAGUUAUUCUUUUUGCAGUGGUCCUGGUGAUAAUGCUAGUUGGCCUGGAAAUCCUGUACAACGCUUUGGGUGAAAUGCAAGAAAAAAUCCAAAGACUGGAGAAAGACGUCGGGGAAUUACACGACGCUCAAAUGGCACCAGAAUACGAUGAAGAAGAGGAAAUCAGGGAGAGAGAAAUGGAGAGAGCCGUGCGGAUUUUGAGAAACGUUGCGAGAAUGCGAAGUGUUUAG